ACCUCUAACACAGAGGAACAGGACAGUGAGAGGAGGAGACCUCUCUAACACAGAGGAACAGGACAGUGAGAGGAGGAGACCUCUCUAACACAGAGGACCAGGACAGUGAGACGAGGAGACAUCUCUAACACAGAGGAACAUGGUAGUGAGUGGAGGAGUUCUCUCUAACAUAGAGGAACAGGACAGUGAGAGGAGGAGACCUCUCUAACACAGAGGACCAGGGCAGUGAGAGGAGGAGACCUCUCUAACACAGAGGACCAGGGCAGUGAGAGGAGGAGACCUCUAACACAGAGGACCAGGGCAGUGAGAGGAGGAGACCUCUAACACAGAGGAACAGGACAGUGAGAGGAGGAGACCUCUCUAACACAGAGGAACAGGACAGUGAGAGGAGGAGACCUCUCUAACACAGAGGAACAGGACAGUGAGAGGAGCAGACCUCUCUAACACAGAGGAACAGGACAGUGAGAGGAGGAGACCUCUCUAACACAGAGGACCAGGGCAGUGAGAGGAGGAGACCUCUCUAACACAGAGGAACAGGACAGUAAGAGGAGGAGACCUCUCUAACACAGAGGACCAGGGCAGUGAGAGGAGGAGACCUCUAACACAGAGGAACAGGACAGUGAGAGGAGGAGACCUCUAACACAGAGGACCAGGGCAGUGAGAGGAGGAGACCUCUCUAACACAGAGGAACAGGACAGUGAGAGGAGGAGAACUCUCUAACACAGAGGAACAGGACAGUGAGAGGAGGAUACAUCUAACACAGAGGUGCUUUGAGAGGAGGGGGAACAGACAAAGGUUAAGGAGAGUUUCCUGUCCCCUCUAGUUAGGUAAUGUGUCUGUUAUAGACAGCCGUGUGUGUGUGUGUGUGUGUGUGUGUGUGUGUGUGUGGGGUGAAAAGAGCUGAUUUUAAUUGGAAAGAGGAAGUGUGUGUGAUUACAUGUCUAUAUGUAUGAGAAAGAGAGAGGAACAGAAACAGAGGAGGGAUAUUCACUGCACAGCAGCAGGAGAGAGGAGUUGGUUUGUCUACAAAACACUAUAUUAACCAGCAGGGUCACACGGCAACUCCCUGCCAAUCAGAGACUGACUGCCUCCCUGCCAAUCAGAGACUGACUGCCUCCCUGCCAAUCAGAGACUGACUGCCUCCCUGCCAAUCAGAGACUGACUGCCUCCCUGCCAAUCAGAGACAGACUGCCUCCCUGCCAAUCAGAGACAGACUGCCUCCCUGCCAAUCAGAGACAGACUGCCUCCCUGCCAAUCAGAGACAGACUGCCUCCCUGCCCGAAGAGCAGUGCAGAGAGGGAGAGAGAGAGUAAAGCCCUUGAAUUGAAUUGAAAGGAGGAGAGGGAGGAGGAGAGAGAGAUGUUGAAGUUGAUGAGUUCCCCCAGCCUCAGUGACCUGGGAAAGAGUGACAAGGCAGCGUUGGAGGAGAGAGGGACACAGCAGAGAAAAGCUGGGGCUAACGCCACCUGGAACAGCAUCCACAAUGCGGUGAUAGCUGUGUUCCAGAGGAAAGACCUGGGAGAGAAUGACCUCUACAUCCUCAAUGAGGGAGUCAGACAACUACUGAAGACGGAGCUGGGCUCUUUCUUCACCGAAUACCUCCAG